ACGCUCCGGCUCAUUGAAAACAACAACAGUCAGGCUGUGAAACUUUCGUAUAGUGGGUUUGACCCUUAAAAGCCUCUAUAAUGGAGCACAGAGCGCAUUGUUCACCGGAGAAGAGACACAGGAGACGCUGUAUUAUUUUAAGUGUCGUCGCCCUCCUGCUUCUCGUUGUUAUAUUCGCCGUUGUUUUGGGACUCAAUUUGCGGCAGAAUACAGACCAACUAAAGCCAACAUUCAUUGCAAGGUGUGAGGAGUUCAAAGGGUACGACUGUGACAAGAUAUGGGAUGCAUUUGAACAAGCCUAUGUAGGCCGGGACCCUUGUAAUGUCCCGAUGGAAGCCUAUGACCCUUUCAUUGCCGCCGCCCCCUUGAAACCUACAUGCAACAGAAUGAUGUUCUGGAGUAAAACCAAAGACAUUGUCCAUGACUUCACGGAGAAGACAGAUUGUUAUCUCACCGUGGAGGACUCUCUGCUGGGAUCUGUGCUGGAUGGUCUGACCUGGUGUGGAAAGGAGGGCAGCAGUGAAACAUUCACAACCGGCUGCCCGGGGUGGACAGACUGUGUGAACAACACUGUUCGCUCAUUUUGGAAUAGAGUCUCAACUGCUUUUGCAGAUGUGGCCUGUGGUGCUGUCACAGCAAUGCUAAACGGAUCCAUCGUCACACCAUUUCACCCUGCAAGUAUUUUUGCGAGCAUCGAGGUGAAGAGGUUCGACUACCCCAGGGUGAAAAGCCUGAAUGUUGUUCUGGUCACACAGGAAAACACUGUGACAAACUGCACUAAUGCAUCUUUAAAGGACUUACAGAAAGAGCUGGAUCAAGGAAUUACAUAUACCUGCAAGGAAGUGACUGAAACCCAGAUCCAGGACUGCAGCUCCCAUCCAGAGAAACCUUGUGGAGCCUGUUGGUGAAGACGUAGGAACUCAAUAGAGUGGUGCGGGAACGAGUCCUAAAACCCAGAAGUGAGUUAGCAUUUUAUCACUUCCGGUUCCCCCGACCCCCGAGUCAGUGGGAUUUCUCCGUAGGAUUUUGGAAGAUAGCUCGAAAUAAGGUCUGUGGUUGACACAAAUUCAAAAGACGGAUCACGUUUUGUUGUACGACAUUAAACACAUCAGCAGUGACCACCCCCCAACCCCCCAACUGGUGAUUUUUGAAGAGUUUACAUGUCUGAAAAACGAUGGUUGUUAACAAGUGGCUGAACAGGAUUCCAGAAGUUGUCGAGGAUGUUGUACGUCAUUACGCCGAACACGUAAACACUCCCGCUAAAUGUGUUAGCCCUUUGUAAAAUGAUAUGAGACUAGUAACUGAAAAAGCCAUGACUUCUACUUAAAUUCAGUGUGGCUAAAAGGAAAAGCUUUGUUAAAAUAUGCAAGCGCGCGAAAGUCAGUUCAAAGGAUGUUAAGUUGAACCUUGAAGUCGUGUGACCCUGCUGUACUCGCCUGUAGUUUGUUCAUAGCAUACCGUUAGCAUGUUGCUUCUGGCGAUUAGAUUUAUGAUUGGAAAAUUCUAAAAGUAAGGUAAACAUGUGGAAAUUAUCCGGCUGAACAAAACGUGCAUUUAUCAAACAGGUUCGUUUUCUACAGAUGUUAUUUUUUUACAAUGUUCCAAAAUCCUCUGGAGAAAUCACAUGCUUUUUUUUGUCGGGGGAACCCAUGCGCAGCUUACUUCCGUGUCAGCAUGCAAAAAUACGUGUGACAAGAUGACACACUCCGAUAACCUGCUGUGAAAAUAAUAUUUUGACUACAGUCUAUAUCUGUAAAGUCUUUGUAAGAGGAACAAUGUACUAUUAUACACACCAUCUAAUUAUUUUUGUACCUGUGUGCCAGUGUGACUAAAUGUGAAAGGUGUAUUUUUAUGUGAAUUUCAAUCACAUGUUUUAACAAUGACAGUGCAUUUAUUUUUUUAAAUCUUUGAUAAAAUCUGGGGCUAUCUAAUUCAACUGACAAUCUUUGCUCCCACCUGGAAUAAAUGUUUUUUUAAAUAAGAAUAAA